AUGGCUAUUGAAAAGAAACGCCCCAGAGGACUCAAGGGAAGUGCCGCCCAAAAGGCCGCCAAGAAAACAAAAACCGAGGAAACCCCCGAAUCUAGCGUUCCUGAGAAUGCCCAGACAGUUGUACUUGGCAAGGUGGUUGAAGAAGGUGACGAGGUUGGAGAGGCUGCUGCACUUUACGAGAGUGCCAUUGAAAAGAUGGAAAACUCCCCCUCUGAAGCACGCGCUUUGUUGCGUGGUACUAUCCACGAGUCAGACCGUAUUCUGCGCAAUUGGGACGCUACAAAGACAAUGCCUCUGGAGUUUUACUUCACCUAUGGAUCUGCUUUGUUUGAACUCGGCCGAUUGACUGAAGACGAAGAAUUUGACCCUUAUUUGGAGGCAGCCGAGGAGCGCCUUGAGGAUGGCUUGGCUCAUUAUGAAACUCUCGAAAACAAGGAUGAUUCGACUGCUAUGAUGAACUGUAUCAAGGUGUCUUUGGCUAAAGUGUGGCUUUCAAAGGCCGCAAGUGAGGUAGACCAAGGAUCUGAUGUGAUCCCCGAAUUGGCUAAACGUGCAUUGGAGACUUUGGAAGAGGUGGUACCAUUAGCCUCUUUGUCCAAUGCAACCAAGGUUGAGUUAGCUUCGAUUGUCCAGAAUCACGGUGAUCUGUACACUGAGUGGGAUUCUCGUACAAAGUUCACCAACUGGGCUGAAAAGCUUUUGGAAGAAGUUCUUGCAGAUUCUCCCAGUCAUUCCAAGGCGUUAUCUGAGAUUGGUUUGUGCAAGCUUUCUCUUGCAAACUACUGGUUAGAUCAAGUCAACGAAGAUAAUGAUGACGAGGAAGAAGAAGAAGAAGAAAAGUCCGAAAGAACAGAAGAAGAGAAUAAGGCUUUUGAAGCGUUUGGUGAAUCCAAGAAAUACCUUGAAAAAGCACACGCUAACCUCAAGAUGAUGGAACAAUUGGAGCCCCAUCACUCAACCGAUCUCGCUGAAGCUUGUUUGAAUCAGGCCAAUUUGAUGCUCGAAGAAAAGGAGCGUACAGACCUCUACAAGCAGGCUAUUGAAUAUAUUCGGGAAGCAAAGGAAGUAGCUUCUAAAUCAGAUCAGGACUAUGAGUUACCUGAUGCUUUGGAGAGCUUCCUUGAAGAAUGGGAAGAGUAAAAUAAAACAAAACAAAAAAACGUU